AUGAUUGGCAAGACUCCACUGCAACAUAUACCCUUUGACAUCUCUGGUGAUGAUGAUGAUGAGGUUAACUCAGUUAACAACGACAUAUUCAAACAGAUCAUCGUCGAUGGAGUGUUGACAUCGAUCGAUGGCACGGCAAUUCAAGUGGGCAGAGUCAUCUAA